AUGGACGAGACCAUCACGGAUAAGUCCCACUUGCGAUGGCAAGUGACGGACGAAGAGGUUGCUGACGACACUUCGGUCGAAAUCAGACCCCGCUGUCGUGCCAAUUCAACUAGCUCACGAAUCAGCCGUGCCAGAAAAUCAAUGGACCUGGCAGUCACUCUUCCCAUUCAGUAUCGCACUGUCUCAUACGAGAUCGACGAAGCACGAGACGCAAAGCGAGCUGCAGUCAACAACGCGAAGAAUGAAGUUUCAGUCGAGCUGGGCAAUGUUGAAUGGCACCUUCUAUCUCCCGAGGAACUUCAGAAGAAGUGGGAGGUCGAUCCCGCUGUCGGUCUCUCAGGGAGCAACGUUCAGAGCCGAUUGCAGAAAUAUGGCAAAAAUCGCAUAUCACCUAUCCCAACGCCCUGGUUCUGGACCAUAUUUGGGUAUUUCUUCAAAGGGUUUGGAUCCAUUUUGCUAGUCGCUUCGAUUCUUGUCUUCAUCUGCUGGAAGCCUCUAGGCGAGCCUGAUCCGGCGGUAGCCAACCUGGCUCUUGCAAUCGUUCUUCUCGCAGUUUUCGUUAUUCAGGCUGCUUUCAACGCGUAUCAGGAUUGGUCUUCAUCCCGAGUCAUGGCUUCCAUCACAUCCAUGCUUCCAGAAAACUGUCUACUCCUUCGCGAUGGUUCCCAAUGUUCCGUUGAAGCAAAGGAUAUUGUCCCCGGUGACAUUAUCUUUAUCAAGGCUGGCAAUAAAUUGCCAGCAGAUAUACGCUUCAUUCAGGUCUCAGGAGAUGCAUACCUUGACCGGUCCAUCCUCACAGGUGAAUCGCUUCCCAUCACUGCAACUGUCGACUCAACAGAUGACAACUACCUCGAGACCCACUGUAUUGGUCUUCAGGGCACUCACUGUGUUUCUGGAAACGCCGUUGGAAUAGUGGUGUCGACUGGUGAUUCGACUGUGUUUGGUCAUAUUGCAAAGUUGUCCAGUGAGCCAAAAACUGGUUUGACCACGCUGGAGAUUGAAGUCCUGCGCUUUGUGGGAAUUAUUUGUAGUUUCAUUGUCACCAUGAUCGUUCUUGUGAUCAUUGUUUGGGCUGCAUACCUUCGCAAACAUCAUCCCGAUUGGAUCAAUGUGCCUACUCUGAUCGUCGACUGCGUCAGCGUUGCUACAGCAUUUAUCCCUGAAGGUCUUCCCAUGGCCUUGACAAUGAGCUUGACUAUUACAGCCAAUAUCAUGAAGAAGAACAAAAUCCUCUGCAAGUCUCUAAAGACAGUCGAAACAUUGGGAGCAGUCUCCGUCAUCUGUUCUGACAAAACAGGAACUUUGACAAGGAAUAAAAUGGUUGUUACCGAUUGCGGGAUCUAUACCUCCUCUUUCACGGACCAAGAAACAAGAGAUGAAAUUGUUACCAAGGGCAAGGCCUCUGGCACACAUCAACUCCGAGCAAUCGCUGGUCUUUGCAAUGCGUCAGAGUUUGAUGCAGCAACUAUGUCACUUCAUAUUCAUGAAAGAACCGUCUUUGGAGAUGCUACCGACCAGGCUAUUCUCAGAUUUUCUGAGUCUCUUGGCUCAGUGUCUGAUCUGCGGCAACUGUGGAAGAAGACUUAUGAGCUUGCUUUCAACAGUAAGAAUAAGUUUAUGAUCAGGACAUUUACUUCUCCGGCGCCCCAAGGACUUGACAUCGCUCUUUCCCCCUCUGAAGCUUCACAGUUUGCAUCCAAUGACAUUCUGAUUACCAUCAAGGGUGCUCCGGAUAUCUUGGUCGAGAGGUGUGGACAGAUUAUUGACAACAAUGGGAAUGUCCAGCGUUUGGAUGAACCAACUCUAAACACUGUUAAAGAGCUCAAGGAUCGGUGGUCAAGUGAAGGCAAACGUGUUAUCCUGCUUGCUCGGAAGGUUGUCAAGGCCAAGGAUCUUAUCCACGAACCUACAUCAGCGGAAUAUGAGGCUGAAGUGCUCAGACAUGUGAAAACUGAUUUGGUCCUUGUUGGCUUGGUUGGUAUCGUGGAUCCACCCAGAGAGGAGAUCCCUUCUGUCGUCAAGACCCUCAGACGGGCCGGAAUUCGCGUCUUCAUGGUUACCGGUGACUUUGGACUGACAGCCUUGGCCAUUGCCCGACAGUGCGGUAUUGUUACCACUGAUCAGGCUCACGAUGUUGCCGCACUGCGAAGGAUCAUGCAAUCUAACGACAAGGCAACAACAAGUUCAGCAAUCGUCAUCAGUGGAUCAGAUCUCAUAACCCUCAAGGAUGACGAAUGGGAGCAGCUUUGCAAGUAUCCUGAGAUUGUGUUUUCCCGCACAACUCCAGAUCAAAAACUUCGAAUCGUGCGUGAAUUCCAGGCCAGAGAUGAAAUUGUGGGCAUGACUGGUGAUGGUGUCAAUGAUGCUCCAUCACUGAAGGCUGCCGACAUUGGUAUUGCGCUUGGCAGUGGAUCUGAUAUUGCCAUUGAAGCCGCCGACAUGGUUCUUCUUGACUCUUUCUCGGCCGUCGUCGAGGCUGUCAAAUCCGGCAGAGUUGUGUUUGAUAACCUGAAGAAAACCUGUGCAUACUUGCUUCCAGCUGGUUCAUUCUCAGAGUUCUGGCCUGUGUUCACAAACGUCGUCUUUGGUAUCCCUCAGGUCUUGUCGUCAUUCCUGAUGAUCAUUAUCUGUUGCUUCACCGACUGCAUCGCAGCCAGUGUCCUUGCAUAUGAAACGGCUGAAGCAGAUGUUCUCCUUCGUCCUCCCCGCAACCCAAAGAAAGAUCGCCUGGUCAACGCGAAGCUCUUCUUCCAAGCCUACGGUUUCAUCGGUAUUCUGGAGUGCAUCUCAUCCUUUUCCAUGUCAUUCUGGUAUCUCCAGCGUAAUGGUCUUCCAUUCUCCGUUUUCUGGUUUAAAUACGGCACUGUCCCCCCCUAUAUGACCUCAGAGACGUAUGAGGCUCUUCUCAACGAAGCAAGUUCAAUUUAUUUCAUCAACCUGGUUGUCAUGCAAUGGUUCAAUCUUAUGGCCGUCCGUACCCGACGCCUUUCGAUCUUUCAACACCCCCCUGCAUUCAACAAGAGUACUCAGAAUCUCCGCCUUUUCCCUGCCAUCGCAUUUGCUCUCUGCAUUGCCGUCUUCUGGCUCUAUAUCCCCGCAUUGCAGAAUGUACUGGAUACAACGAGUGUUCCCGCCGAACACUACUUCCUUCCUGCCGCGUUUGGUCUUGGAGUCCUCUCUCUCGACGAGGCUAGAAAGGCAGCAGUCAGAAGGUGGCCAACUGGGUUCUUGGCUAAGAUUGCCUGGUAG